CAAUAGUCAUUUACAACAUUAACCAUGUCUACACUGUAUUUCUGAUCAAUUUGAUGUUAUUUUAAUGGAAAAUAAAUGGUAGUGUAGGUCUAGUUUUAUUAAUGUUGCUAUUAUUCAGUACUGUCAACCAUAUUGAUUUCACAGCAGCAGUUUAAGUUUUUCAACACUAAUUUAGGCUGACUAACCUGUAUAGGGUUUGAUAGCUGUUGCUUCUCUAUAUUAUUUAAUCCACUUGACUACUAAUAUUAUAUAUUUAAUCCACUUGCCUCCUAGAUAAUGUUAUUAUUGCAAGUCAAUCUUUGUUGAUUCUAAUUGCAUUAAGGUUCAAGGAGGAAUUAUGUAAAAACAUUUGUUUGUUUAUAUUUAUCAGUUUGUGUUAUAACUGCAACAGAUCUGCUACGGUGUUAGGUGUUAACUGAGAAAAAUUAUCAGGGGUUUCAACCACACCCCACUAUUUACUGUCUAAAGAUGUUUAAGUAGUUUUUUUUCACCAACAUGUAUUUGUAAUCAAGCUGCCUUUCGUUACCCCCUGGUGCUCAUUGUGUGUACUCUAGAUACUAUAUUUGCUUCGUUAAUAAAUUGUUACUUGAUGUAAAUGUUCAAAUGUUAUUCCAGUUCUCAGAAUAUUCAUAUAGCCUUCUUGAGGUCCACUAUUAGUGUUCCAACAGGGAUUUAGAAUUGUACCAAUAACAGUUCAAGGAAACGGCUUUGAGAUUUCAUGACGUAAUGCUAGGAAUCUAUCAUCACCAUUGCUUUAUGCUUUUAUGAACUUAACCUUUUUGGAUGAAAAGACAACACCCUAGGUAAGUAUAAAAUCAGCUAAACCUUCAAAUAAGUGAACUGCCCCUCUAAUUCUUUAAGCAAUUAGCCCCUCCCCAUUUAAUAUCAUAUGUAACUUGUUUGCUACAAGUGGCUUUGGAAAGCUGUGGUCCUCAGUAAUGAAGGAGUCUGUGUGUGUGUGUGUGUGUGUCUGUUGCCUUCCACAGGACACCAGUGGUAUGUCCAUGAGUAUGUUGGCAGCAGCAGGGGGACAGGAUGACAUUGUGAGGCUGCUGAUAAAGAAGGGGGUGAAGGGGAACGGACGGCAGAGGAACGGCACCACUGCCCUAAUGCACGCUGCAGAGAAGAACUUCCUGACCACAGUUGCUAUCCUCCUGGAAGCAGGGUCCUACGUCAACGCUCAGACACUGGGAGGAGAGACGGCCCUGAUGAAGGCUCCUGGGCGGUCCUUUAUCUGAACGCCAUCAGUAGAGUCCUUUUGAGGACGAACAAAAUGGCCGGAGUGGAUUGAGUGAUGGUUGCAAGACUCAUAGGGCUGUGGUCCAAUUUCUCCCCCUUUUGCACUUUUGUUUUAACUCCCCCUCAUCGAUUGAAAAUAAAUGGACUUGUCUAUGAAUUAUGGUGGAAAAUCUCUGGUUUAUUCUUACACCAAUCCAAUUAUUUUAAAUCCAUGAGGAGGAGUGGUCAAAUGCACACUUUGUGGAGUAAAUAAUUGGAAUGCAGUAUUUUGAAACAGGGCAUUUGUUUCUUCUUGUGUGAGAGAGUAAUAGCCAUGGUAGCUUAGAAUGCAAAUCCUGCUGAUGAACGACACAAGACAGAUGACAUCACAACUUUGACCAGCAAUUCAAGUCUGUCACCCAUUUGUUGCAAUAGAAUGGGACCGCAAAAUGGGAAUAAGUGCUUGUGAAUGGUUUGGAAUUAGGUUAGAUGUACAUCUAGAUUUUUUAAAUAUGUACUGUAUAUCAAAUGUCUAUUGAUAAUGUAUUUUUAUUAAUGGCCUAUUAACUAUAAAGGCUCAUACUUGUAUAAUAAGCACUGACAGGAUGCAGCUGUGUGACCAACUGCGGUCGAACUCAGGUUUCCCAAGGUUGUGUUGGCCUGCUGAGCUAAAAGCCUAGGCGUUAGCAGGGUGUUACGCAAGAUGCCAGAUCAUAUCAGUAAGGUUGCUCAUUCACAUGUGAUUUACACACAGACACUAUGAGCAUCAACGUUCCACUCUUCAACAAUAAAGUAUAGCCUAAUAC